UUUUUUCACUAGGCUAAAAAUCAUCUAUUCUUCUUUUUUAAAGUUGUAGAGUAGACUGUUUUCUGCUACAGAAUCUAAUACCACAAUGUCAAUGUUUGUGACCACUUAACAAAGUUCUUUUUCUUUCUCUUAGCUUCCCUUCUUUAUAUAUACCCUUCCAUUUUACCACUUAUUGAGGAUAUCUAUAACUCAUAAAACCAACAUCUUUUCUCUCCUUUUAACUUUUAAAGUCUUCUCAUUAUUAAUGGCAUCCAGGAGAAUUCAAAAGGAGCUAAAAGACUUGCAAAGAGACCCUCCCACUUCAUGCAGUGCAGGUCCAGUAGCUCAGGAUAUGUUUCAUUGGCAAGCAACUAUUAUUGGUCCAAAUGAUAGCCCUUAUGCUGGUGGUGUUUUCCAAGUCACCAUCCAUUUUCCUCCUGAUUACCCUUUCAAACCUCCCAAGGUGGCUUUCAGGACCAGAGUUUUUCAUCCAAAUAUAAACAAUAAUGGAAAUAUUUGUUUGGACAUACUGAAGGAUCAAUGGAGUCCUGCCCUCACCAUAUCCAAGGUUUUGCUGUCCAUAUGUUCACUGCUAACAGAUCCAAAUCCAGAUGAUCCACUGGUUCCAGAAAUUGCUCAUAUGUGCAAGACUGAUAAAACCAAGUACGAGUCAAUGGCUCGUAGUUGGACUCAAAAGUAUGCCAUGAACUGAGUCUCAACAAACACAAAAUUAUUGCUACAAGCAAUAUAUAAUAUGUUCAGGAGAACUUUUGCUCUAUGAAAAUGAGAAUUCAGUGACGGUUGGAUGUAUUUAUAUUAUCGGGAUUCGUUUUAAAUAAAAAGGGUGAUUUUAUUUUUUCUGUUAUUCAACAAGAGAAUUGUUCUCAACUUGAUGAUGCAUAUAAUCCUUUCCUUCAAGUCAUAUGUA